AUGCCAUCUACCUCAGGGGUCCCCCAGCCUGUGGCCUAUUACUGGGCUGUGCCCAUUUGGAACUGGGCCAUGCAAGUGGCAGAAGAAGCGGCCCUGGGGGCUCCCGGGGGCAGAGAAGCGGGCGGACUGCGCUGCGUGUGCUACGGCCUCAGGAGCUUCUGCUCGUGCGGGAAGGCACGACUGCAGCUGGCCUUCCUCCUCCUGCUGCUGGAGGGGCUGGGGGUCGCCCCGGAGAGCUGCUUCGUCUUCGACCCCGUCUUUUCCACCCUGGAGACUGGGCUGCUGGGCGGCCUCAGCCUCACCGUGCUGCAGUGGAACGAGGAGGGGAAACGGAGCAUCGAGGGCCCCACCCACUUCUACAUGAUCCACUGUGGGAAGGUGCGGUACAACAACCUGCUGUGGAGCAACUGGUUCGCGGAGGCCCUGCCCCAGAUGGUGGUCGUGGGGAACAGCUUCCGGGGCUUCGAAGAGAGGCUGCUGGCCAAAGUCUUCUGGGAGAAUUGUAGCUACAUUGCCAAGGUGUUGGAGGCAACCCAGGAGGAAGCCCUUCCGCCCCACCUGCAACACCCCGAUGUCUUCAACGACACGUCUCUCCACUGCUUUCCUCUGCAGAAACUGAGGGGCCUCCCCCAGGACUGCUGGGCCUGCUGGACAGAGCCCCGUUACUCAGAAGACGCUCAGCUGGAGAUCAUCAGAAACAAACCCCAUCUCAUAAAUGAUAAUAAUGCCUGUGUGAUGCCAACAUACCUUUUUGUUUCUCAGUAUAAUGGCAUGUGUAUGCAAGGACCUAUUGGUCUUCCUGGAAGGGAUGGAAACCCUGGAGUCAACGGAAUACCUGGAACUCCAGGUAUCCCGGGCAGAGAUGGGCUUAAAGGAGAAAAAGGAGAAUGCAUUCAAGAAAGCUUUGAGGAAUCCUGGACCCCUAACUAUAAGCAAUGUUCAUGGAGUGCCUUGAACUACGGCAUAGACCUUGGAAAAAUUGCAGAAUGUACAUUCACCAAGAUGCGUACCAACAGUGCUUUAAGAGUUCUUUUCAGUGGAUCACUUCGACUUAAAUGUAGAAAUGCCUGUUGUCAACGCUGGUAUUUUACUUUUAAUGGGGCUGAGUGCUCUGGACCACUUCCUAUUGAAGCUAUAAUUUAUUUAGAUCAAGGAAGUCCGGAGUUAAAUUCUACUAUUAAUAUACAUCGCACAUCUUCAGUCUAUGCAAAUGUUGCUCCAAAGUUAUGUUGA